ACAAAACUCUGCACAGUUUCCCCUCACACGUCGCCUCCUCUGUUCCCAGCGGGAUGGCUCGCUGUUUUCCCCCAUCGGAGAUGUCCCGACACUUGAGAUAAAGUCGUGUAGUUGUUGUUGACUCUGCAGGUCGAUGUUCCUGUUGGACUUUUUUGUGUUUAUGUUUGGACGUGCGGCUGUGGGACAUCCGGAAUGGGGGAUCCGUAGGAGGAGAGACGACGCUCGCUGGUGUGCUGUUGGUAAAUAGAGCGCACCAACGCGCGCGCGUGCACAGAGCCACAACGCACGAGAUGGACUUUAAGAGGACAAAAUUUGGAAGGUUCAUGAACUGCAGGGUCCCAGCCAGUAAGAGAUACCAGCCCACUGAAUAUGAACAUGCUGCAAACUGUGCCACACAUGGGUUGUGGAUUCUUCCCAGCCUGGUGGGCGGGUCUGUGCUCUUGUUCCUGUCUGUGGACCAAUGGCAUCGCGUGGCUGCCUGGCUCUACGGGAGCGGUCUCACCGGCCUGUUUGUCACCUCAACACUCUUCCACACUGCUGCUUGGAAAAUCAGCCAUCUCCGGAAGGUGGAGCAGCGUUUCCACAUGUGUGACAGAAUGGCCAUCUACUUCUUCAUAGCUGCCUCCUACUCUCCAUGGUUGAUGCUGAGGGAGCUGGGGCCCUGGACGUGCCACAUGCGCUGGCUGAUAUGGGUCAUGGCUACCGUAGGAUCCAUGUACGUCUUCUUCUUCCACGAGAGGUACAAGCUGGUGGAGUUGUUUGGAUAUGUGGCCAUGGGGUUAGUUCCUGCUUUGGUCAUCCUGUCUAUGGUGGAGCGUGCAGGUGUGUGUGAACUGGCAGUGGGAGGGGUCUUGUAUGUGGUGGGCGUGGUCUUCUUUAAGAGCGACGGCCUUGUCCCUUUCGCCCACGCCAUCUGGCAUCUCUUCGUUGCAGCGGGAGCAUGCGUUCAUUAUUACGCCAUCUGGAGGUACCUGUACUUACCUGGGCCGCUGCUGCAGACAUCGAGGUGACUAACCGCUCUCACCUGAGAUCGCCACAUGGUUCCACACCACGCGGACUGACUGUGAAAAAGUACAUUUUAAGUCAUGAGACCACUGUGUUUGGACUACAGCUUACCUGAAUCAUGAGGCUACACCUGGAGGGAUUGCGAUAGUCAGCAAUGACUGCCGCAGAUCAGAUGAAAUGUUCCACUGUUGGGGCCAGAACCCUGGGACCAAACACUAAACUAUCAAAGAGGAGACUGAUGCGUGAACAUUCAGCCUGACGGGACCAAACAUACACAUGUUCAGUUAAAAGAUUAGUUUUACAAUUUGCUAAUGUGCUUCUUCAGCAAAAAAGCCUAUUAAAAUGUCAAACUAUUUCCUUAAUUAAACAUCUCAGAAACAGAACUCACAAAAUGCAGUAUCUGUGACUACACUUGCUAAACUAGCCUAUGCUAGUUAACUCCACCCUUUCCAUAUUCUAACCAUAAGUGAAGUGCCAAAAUUACCACAGAGGCAUUGCUUUAAAUUGGUGCUAACCCCGACUAUAUGUUAGUUUUGUCCAUUUUACACAUUGGCAAGGUAUGAAAAUAUAGAGCUGGUACUCUAGCACCCUUGCUUCCACUGGUUUCAUAAACAAACAUACUGUUUAGGUUGACUGAGGCUGUGUUCGAAAUAGCAUACAAACAUACUUCAUACUUAGUCGUUACGUACUGCACACUGCACUACUAAUUGGUUUAUGCCAUUACCAGUAGACUGUUCAAACUAAUGUAAACUCAAACAACACGUGAAUGGGAACUUCUCCUUUGAGCAAAGCGUGUAGGAAAUCCAUGGUGGCGGAUGGCCCUCUCUAGAGCCAGUGUUUGGUUUGUCCAUUCUGGGCUACUGUAGCAAUACGGCAGUGCAACAAAGCGGACGCUGUGAAGAGGAUCCACUCCCCAUAUAGAUUUAAACAUCUCAUUCUAAGCUAACAAAAACUUGACUCUUAUUUUCAGGUAAUUUUAAACAAACGAAAAGGUACUUACUAAUAUUAUAUUCCACUUCUGCCAAUAAAUCCCCCUAAAUGCUUAUACUGGCCCUUUAACGCAAAUUUAAAUUAUUAAAUAUUUGAGAGUUAAAUAUGUUUUCUACAGUACAUCAUUUCAACUGUAACUUCGUGUAAUUUGCCUCCUUUGGUAAUUAUUUUAUCCAACGGUUAAUUAUCUGUUUUCCUCCCAAUCUGCAAUUGAACCGUCAUACUCAGAACUUUCUGCUCAUGUAUACAUGCUACAUUCACAUACUAUGCAGUUGAACCACACUACAUACAUCAAAUUAAGUCGUCAAAUUUGGUAUUAAUUCUAGGUUAGUAUGAUAUCUCGAACACAGCCUUUGACUGCAUUAAGCAGCCUGCAGACAGAAGGUCACUGUAUAUCCGCUGAGUGACGCACUGAUGUGAAUUAACAGUUGAGCUGCUUUUCUUGCAGAUAAAGGUCGACGGUUGAUGAUAACUGGCCUAAGUAGAAGUGGUCCAUUUGUGAUUCUACUGUGAUUUACAUUUGUCUUGAAUUUGCCAAAUAAUCAAGUCUUAUAAUUUACUGUGAUGUUAUUUGAAAGAUGAAAAAAGUCUGAUCUAGAGCUAGUGUAACACUGUUUUCUGGGUCACAUGUUAAAUUGUCAAGGCUGUAUGCGUUGGUAAUCUUGUUUGGAAGUCGAUGAUUGCGAGUUGUUUUGUUUAAGUGAUUCACUCUCACACACUUGAGCACUUUUUCUAUCAGCAACAGAAGAAUUUCCUAAAAUCCUCAGAAUAUAACUGAUUUAACAGAUGGGCAUGUUAUACACCACUUUUACAGUCUUACUUUUUAUACUUCUGCAUCCACUGUAUAGAUCACAUUGCAGGUUCUCCCUUACCCUCUUGUAGUUAAACUGUUUCUGUUUUUACAGAAAAAUGGAGCACUUACUCAGGAAGUGAGCUUUUGUCUUUAUUUUUAUUUUUUUUAAAUCAGAUGAUCUAUUUUGUUAAAUUGUAUUUUCACUGAAUUAAAGAAAAGACACUAUAUU